UUACCCCUGGCCCGACCGGAAGCAGGAAAGCGAUGGCGGGGGACACUUCCACGGAGCUUCUUUUUCUAGAUACGUUUAAACAUCAAAGUGCAGAGUUAACCAACGUGGAUGUGGUGCGGUUUCCUUGCGGGGUGCUAAUCACAGAGGUGCGGGUCAUUCCUCCAGGAAUCAAAGCACACAGCAACUUACCUGACAGCAGAGCGUUUGGUGAGACGUCUCCUCACGCCUUCCAGUUGGAGCUGUUCUUCAAUAAUGCAGCCAAACCCAACAGCCCCACCUUCCACAGACUGGGCAGUCUGGAAUAUGAUGAGAACAAGUCCAUUGUGUUCAGACCCAGUGGAAAGGUGAACACAGAUGGCCUGGUGCUGCGUGGCUGGUACACAACUCUCACUUUAGCGGUGUAUGGGACAGCAGAGCGCUCACAUGGACACGACCAAGACUCGCCACCCCCUCCUCCACCCCCACCCCCACAGCAGCCAAGUGGCCUCAAGAGGAUUGUUAAACAAGAAUGGGAAAAAGAUGACCAGUACAAUGGCAGCCCUCCCAGACCACCACCCAGAGGUCCUCGGACUCCACCUGGACCUCCACCCCCGGACGAUGAUGAGGAGGAGCAGGUUCCGAUGACAGUGGGUGUUGCCAAAGAUGAACCAUGCGAGGGCCGCGAUGAUUACCUGGAGGCUGUGUCGCCCGAAAGGUCACUGCCCGCGGACGAAACGUACUCAGACGCCGAACAAGAAGAAGAUGGCGAUGAGGAGGAGGAAGAGGAGGAGCAGGAGGAGGAAGAGGACGCACGGACCGAGGGGAGCGCGCCGGAGGAGGAGGAUGAAGAAGAGGAGGAGGAAGAUGAGGGUGAGGACGAGGAAGAGGAGAUGGAGGAAGGCGACGACGGUUAUGAGCAGAUUUCCAGUGACGAGGAUGACCUGGAUAACAGUACCUUCAAGUUGCCCACCUUCGACAUGGACUACACUCCUGAGGAUCUUGCAUCUGUGCCACCCGUCCAGUAUGACCCGUACGAACGAGAGCUCAGACCCUUGCUCUACUUCACCCCUCCCUACAAGACCCGCUUUGAUUCCCAGUUUGAGAAGGCCAGUAUGGAGGAGCCCAGGGACGCUGGGGGGACAGAAGGAACAGCUGGGGGAGAGGAAGCUGAAGCUGUCGCUCACCUGAAAGAUCUCCUAACUAGCGUCGGUGAUGACACAGAUUCCCGCUGGGUCACCGCUCUGGAAGAGGCACCUGGACUUCUCACCAAAGGGUUGCCCUAUUUCAUUAAACAAGGAGAAGGAGAGAUGGAGGAAACUGUUAAAGUUUUAGUCCACUGGGCUCUUCAAGCUCUGAGCAUGGAGAUUGCUCUCACGCAGCCCAUUGCUCUUAACCUCAGACAGCUAAAAGCUGGUGCUAAGCUAGCAUCAUGCCUUGCAGAAUAUCCGCAGGGCCUCACGGUGCUGCUGCGCGAAGGGGCCCUCGGUGUGCUCCUGGAGCUGGUCCAAGCAGACCACGUCUCCUCCACGCUGAAGUUGAGUAUCCUGAGAGCUUUGGAUGCUCUGAUCAGCGCUCCUGCUGGGGUGGAGGCUUUCCUACACGCAGGAGAUUCAGAGAAGAGCGGCUAUCAGCGUCUAGUCCAGCUGUUCCUGCGCGAAGAAACAGUGAGAGUCAUAACAGCUGGAAACGCCAUAUUACAAAAGAGCCACAUGUACGAGGUACUCGUCGACCUCCAGAACACAGCGGCAGCGUGGAGCGAACCACAGCAGGUAACAAGCACCCACUCGAGCCGCUCUUUCACACACGCGCUUCAAAGACUGAAUGGGUUUUAUGUGGUGACCGUGGCCGACCGUUAUCCUCAGGAGGAGAUGGAGGAUGCUGAGAGCCCCAUGGAAGAAGAACCGCCGCUAAACUCCUCCCACGUGAGCGAGGCGGAGCUCGAUAGGCUGGCGGGGGUUUUGGAAGAGCUGCAUCACUUGUUGGAGACGGCCCCUCACUGCAUGGUGCAGCCCCCCGGAAAAGCCUUCCCCACCACUGCUAGAAUAACAGGACCACAGGAGAGGGACAACCCAUAUCCAACACUGUACAGAUAUAUGCACGCGUGCCACUUCCUGGAGAGCGCGACGGUGGUGUUGUCAGCAGCGGCUGCAGCCGGCCAUGUAGGCGUCACCCAGGCGGUCAGAGAGGUCCUACGCUUCCUGUCCCUCACCCAGUCAGGCCUGCUCUUCCUCAUCGCCCAGCCCGCGCCCGCCAACCUGCUGCUGCGUCUCCUGGCGUCCAUGGCGGAAUCUGAGGCCGAGGAGAGCACGUUCACGGGAGGAGAGGGGGGACUCACGGGGCCGGGGUUCGGCGAAGAGGGCUUCGGGGUGUGGCUGAUGCAGGCGCUGCACGCCCUGCAGGGCGUGUCGGAACUCAUGAGCCACGUGGCCGCGGGAGGGGACGGCGGCGUGGGGCUGGAGGAAGGGGACAACGCCGAGGUCCUGGGCAUGCUCCACGCGCUCUACCUGAUGACUUUCACUCAGACCGGUCGGAGCGCCGUGGCCCACGUUUUCAGCCUGGACAACAACCUGUCCUGUCUGGUCACCCUGCUCCAGCACCACAGCAAAGAUGGACAGGGUGAGGCCAAGGCUCGCAAAGCUGUGACAUAUAACUACGCCUGCAUGCUGGUGCUUCUGGUGGCGCAGACCUCUAAUGAACUGAGGAUGAUGGAGCAGUAUGCUGCCCCGCUGCUCACCUUAGCCAAAGCAGAUGACACUAAUGCCAAGUUGCAGGAGCUCAGUAAAUGGCUUGAGCCUCUAGAGAAAGUGCGCUUCGAGAUUGCCAGCAUUCCUACACUCAUUGACUACAUCAAGCAGAAUGUGGAGAACGUGUUAACUGCAGAGGGAACGGGGCUGGUCACCGCUCUGAGGGUCCUCUGCCACAUUGCCUGCCCCCCUCCCGCUAUAGAAGGUCAGCAGAGGGACCUGAAGUGGAGUCUAGCAGGCGUCCAGCUGUUCUCCGGGGAGGGCCUGGACACGUGUGUGCGCGUCCUCCAGAAGCUGUGCGGCGUGCUGCUGCAGCCGUGGCGCGUGCACGGACACAUGGGCCCGACGCCGCAGCGCUGCAUGAUCCUCAGCGUGUGCAUCAGCACGCUCAGGUUGCUGCGCACCAUGCUCACGGAGCUGCUCCGCGGGGGAGCUUUCCAGUUCAGGGACACUCGCGUGGCCAACGUGUUGGUGUCGCUCCACAUGAUGGUGUGCUCCAUCCCUGCGUCCGGACGUCUGGACGGGGAGGAGACCAGAGUGCAGGCGCUCAUUGUGGACGUGCUGCUCACCUUCACGCAGGGCGUCAAUGAAGAGGUCACUCACACAGAAGAGACUCUGGCCAGUAACACGUGGUCUCUGAUGCUAAAGGAGGUUCUUGGCUCCCUGCUGAAAGCCCCUGAAGGCCUCUUCUCCGGCCUGACGUUGCUGUCUGAGCUCCUGCCUCUACCACUGCCAAUGCAGAGCACUCAGGUGAUAUCAGUCCAAGACGUGGCUGUAGCCUUAAACACGAGGAAGCUGUGGAGCAUGCACAUCCGGGCGCAGUGGAAAGUGUUUUCCGAGGCGCUGAGGUGUGUGUUCGCCACCAGCUGCCCUCCUCUCCUGGCCAUGCUGAGGAGAGUGUGCGUCCAGUUGGCAGACCUGUCGUCUCCCAGUGCGACGCUCAUCAUGAAGACUCUGCUUGAGCUGCUGCUGGAGGAGCUGCAGCCGGUGGAAGGGAAAGUCGUGUGUUGGGCCCAGGUCUUGCGCCUGCUGUCUCUGAUGGACGCCCUGGUGUCUCAGAGAGCUUGCAAGAGCGCAGCACUGCACCUCCUGUCUGGGUCGGUCUCUGGAGACGAGCAGCUGGCCGAUUUGUUCCCCUUGCUUUUGUCUCUUUUGGUUCCUCCUACCGAUCACUCCUUACAGCAGCAGCAAUGCAGCGUUCUUGUGGGGACAAUAUUACAGUCACUGUGUGACCAGGACAUCGCUCUGCUGGUGUCUCCGCCCGGUGAAAGCUGUGUGUCGGAGGCUGAGCAGCUGGCCAAUGCUCUACCGGGGCGAGAGAUGAUGUCGUUGGUGUGCAAUUCCCUUUUGGAGGUUUUGGGGAAUGCAGAGAGCAGCGUCCCGCUCCUCCUCACCUGCAUCAGGACUUUAAGCUUCCUCACUGAGCACGACUAUGGACUCUACCACCUUAAAGUCGCUCUGAAGAAACACGGUGCAGGACUGUGCGCGCUGUUGAAGAGGUUGGUGGUUUCCUUCAACAAGGACUCGGUGGAUCUGCUCUCAGCUCUGCUCGACUUUCUCAGGCAAAUUCUCAACACAGAAACAAUGUGUGUUGACGAGAGCCACGGGUCCAGUGAAGAGUCCACCUUUGUUCCUCCACGACUGCUUUCGGGCUCCGAGAUGAAAGCUCUGCUGCAGUGGGACGACUCAGAGUCCCACCCACUACCUUCCCUGGAGAAGCAGAUUACGAAACUAUGUAAAGAGGAUGAUUCACUGGAAACCAUGCUGGAGAAUGUCGUUGUCCUGAGGCAGACGUUGGAGACGGCCACAGACGCGCCGCCUGUAUCUGAGACAGAGCCCACUCUGCCAGCGCCAGAGACACUGGGGGCCCAGUUCAACCACAGGACGGUGUUCAUUCUGUCCGAAGCUCUGGAUGAGCAGCUGAAGGCUCUGUGGUUCUCCCCCUUCCAAACCGAUGACAUAGAAACAGACCUUGAUACGGUGAAGGUGGAUCUGGUGGGUUUGGCUCAGGAGUGUUGUCCAGAGUUGGACUUGAAAGCGGAGCUGGAGCGCUCCUUCCUGUCUGAGCCGUCGUCUCCUGGUCACACUAAGGCUCCUAAAGGUUUCCGGCUGGGCAAACACAAACAUGAGACCUUCAUCACCUCAAGCGGUAAAUCGGACUACACUGAGCCUGCUAAAAGAGCCCACAUCAUGGCCGCUCCCCGCGGCCGCGGAGGUCGAGGAGGGUUCGGACAGAAUCUCUCCAGACCCCAUGACAUCUUCCGCCUGCGCAAACAGAACACUUCCCGUCCCCCAAGCAUGCACGUGGACGACUUCGUUGCGGCGGAGUUUAAAGACAUUACCACCCCUCUCGGACUUUUGCCCCCUAAGCGUCCCCCGAAGAGCACCCCCAAGCCCCCCACCAGAGGACUGUUCACUGGCAACAGAGGCAGAGCCACCUUUCACAGCCAGACUCGCUUUUUCACUCCGCCACAACCUAAAGGUGUACUGCUGUCGGGUAACUACACUCGAAGAGAAGGGGGCCGUGGUUCAUCGUGGAGCGCCCAGGUUCCAGCCGUCACUCACAGAGGGACCUACAGUGAUCCCCGCGGGGGCCAGAGCAACUUCACUCGAGGACCUCUUCCCUCCCGACAACCGCCCGCAAGUGGGUUUGUCUUCCCUUCUCCAGGUGCAUACCGGCUGGCUCCGCGGGACCGAGCUCCGCGAGGCAGAGGAGGCACCGGGCUGUCGUGGCUCAGCGGCGGAGGAGGUGGCGGCAACGCCGGAGGGGGCGGUGGGGGAGGCGGCGGUGGAGGAGGAGGGGGAGGAGGAGGAAGAGGAUCUCAGGGGAGCAAGUUCAGCGGCGGGGGAGGGAGCGGAGGUGGGAGGGGCAGACACGUUCGCUCCUUCACCAGGUAAACUCACCUGGGAAAUGACUGCAGCCUCUAAUGGCGACAAACGGACUAAUCAGGAUAUUGUAUAUGCGAUCUCCAUGGAAACGUGGUGGUAUGAUGUUGUCACAAUGACGUACGGACUGUGUUGAUGUUUGAUGUUUUGUAUGAUGAGUUGUAAUCGGAGAAUAAAGGUGAUAGUAAAGUC